UAGUGAAACGUAUUGACUACGGCAUGCAUGAAUGCUAAAUUUUCCACUCCUUACCUAACCCGAACAACAUUUUUUGCGGUUUACCUUAUUUGACUUGAAAGCUUCUUCCUAUGUUUCACCUAUAUAUACAUCCUUCGCUCAUCUAAAAAACAAUUCAAAAUCCUUCCCUUGGCAACUCUUCCUAAGAGUGAAUAACGAAAAAAAUGGAGUUGUUUUUCCUCUGUGGUCUCACUCUCUUCAUCCUAUUUGUCUCUUUUUCGCUUUUCUCUCUCUUUUCCUCCACCCGCAAGACAAAUGGUAAUUCCCAGACAAACCUUCCACCUGGUAGAACAGGCUUGCCAAUCAUCGGUGAGAGCCUUGAAUUUCUGUCAAAAGGCCGAAAGGGUCACCCUGAGAAGUUUAUAUACGAUAGAAUGGCCAGGUACUCCUCUCAAGUCUUUAGAACAUCAAUACUAGGAGAACCUACGGCCGUUGUUUGUGGUGCAGCUGGGAACAAAUUCUUGUUCUCUAAUGAAAACAAGCUUGUCACUGCAUGGUGGCCAGACUCCGUAAACAAGAUAUUCCCUUCCUCAACGCAAACAUCUUCCCAAGAGGAAUCCAAGAAGAUGAGGAAACUACUCCCUAAUUUCCUCAAGCCAGAGGCCUUGCAAAGAUAUGUAGGGAUGAUGGAUACUAUUGCACAAAGGCACUUUGAGACUGGUUGGGAAGGGCAUCAAGAAGUAACCGUAUUUCCACUUGCAAAGAACUACACGUUUUGGGUUGCAUGCAAGGUGUUCUUGAGCAUCGAGGAUCCUAAACAUGUAGCGAAAUUUGCUGAACCUUUUAACGUUUUGGCCUCUGGGAUUAUAUCAAUUCCCAUCGACUUGCCAGGAACACCUUUCAACCGUGGCAUCAAGGCUUCAAACCUGAUAAGGAAAGAAUUGAGCGCCAUUAUCAAACAAAGGAAGAUUGAUCUUUCAGAGAAAAAAGCAUCUCCUACACAAGACAUACUGUCACAUAUGUUGUUAACAACCGAUGAGAAUGGGCAGUACAUGAAGGAAUUGGACAUAGCCGAUAAGAUUCUUGGUUUGCUCAUUGGAGGUCAUGAUACUGCAAGUGCUGCUAUCACUUUCAUCGUCAAGUACCUUGCUGAACUCCCAGAGAUCUACCACAAAGUGGUCACAGGUUUGGGACCAUGAUGAUGUCCUUCCCUU